AAUUCUUCUUUGUAACAAUGGACGUUGCCUCGUCGAUCAUUGCGCUGCAGAGCAAGACUGUCGGAAGGGACAAAGUCUACAGAACUGUGCAAUACGCUUCCAAGUUGAUCGGAUGGUACCUCGCGCGCACGUCAGCUAGCAAGGGCACCAUCGAGAAGUUUUCAAAGCUGGAGAGCAACCUCAGCUUGGCACGCAAGCUCUUCCGCGUUGGCAAGCCAAUCGACUUUUUCGUCGAAAUUCUGCGCCAAGUCAAGAACGCCGAUCCCGUGCUCCGAAACACGCUGACUGGCCGCGCAGCAUGCCUCUCAGGCUGGCUGUUGAUCGAUCACCUGCUGUGGUUUGCAAAGGCUGGCAUUGUCAACGUGGACGCGAAAAAGUGGUCUCGCCGCUCUGCCUGGUUUUGGCUGGCCGGCCUGAUUCUCGCCGUUGUCCGCGACAUCUAUCAGUACAUGCGCGUUGAACAAGCGCGCGCACGCUACAUCCAGCGCUCCCUCAACCAGCCCAAUUCGGCCGAGCAAGCGCAGACUGUGCUCUCGUCCCCGACUGUGCAGCAGUUUGACAAGGACCUGGCCACCCACAGACUCGAGUUGAUCAAGGAUGUUUGCGACUUGAUCAUCCCUUCGUCGUCUCUCGAGUUGAUCCAGCCCUCUGCCGGCCUUGUUGGACUACUGGGACUCAUCUCUUCUCUGAUCGGCUUGCACCAAGUUUGGCCCAAGCAAGUUCCGAAAUAAGGAACUUUUUGUUGUUUUGUAGAUUUUUUGCAAUGCAUGCAGAGCUUGUCGUUGGUCACAACUUGCAAUGAGAGAAUGAUUUUUGAAGAUCGCACCAAACAAUCGAUCAAAAUCAAAGAUGUGUUUCGG